AUGAUCAAGUCGAGAUUACCGCCAUUAACAGGUAUAGGUUCACCCUCCAACGAGUCUGCUUCUGCCACAGGCAGCAGUAAAGCUUAUACCGAUUUUCGUGAGACCUGCAAGAAUUUGAUGAAUGAACGCGGGCUAUGGGCAUGUAAAUUCGAUCAUAUCGAGCCGUUCAGCGGUGACGGGGAAGCCGAGAUGAACCAGAGCUGGGAAGCUGCCAAAACAGCCUCUCAAGCUUGGCAUGAUACGAUCAGGUCCGGAACAAAUAUCAAGCCUGGAGCAACCGUCAAUCACAUCGAGGCGUUUGAAUGGUUCACUCGUGAAUCAAACGAAAUCGAGCCUUCCAAAGAAUUCAUGUCUACAAUGAUCUCUAUAGCUCCGAGUUUCUUUACCAUUGAUGAUGCUCAGUAG